AACAUUUGCUAAGUAAUUAUAUAUCAAUGAAGGUUCAUGAGUUUUCCAACGGGUUUUCGUCAUGGGAACAACAUGACUCACCAUCAUCUCUUAGCCUAAGCUGCAAACGCCUCCGUCCUCUCGUCAGGAAGCUCUCCGGCAGCCCAUCCUCCCCUCCUUCUUCUUCCUCCGGCGUCACUUCCGCCACUUUGGACCUCAAGAGCUUCAUUAAACCCGAUCAAAUGGGUCCAAGAAAAUUUGAAUACUCUCUGGAACACAAAAGAGAUCUUCCUCAAGUGGAGACGCACCCGGGAGGGACACGGUGGAACCCGACUCAAGAACAGAUAGGGAUACUUGAGAUGUUGUACAAAGGUGGAAUGCGUACUCCUAACGCUCAACAGAUCGAACAUAUCACAUCUCAACUUGGUAAGUACGGAAAAAUCGAAGGUAAAAAUGUGUUCUACUGGUUCCAAAACCACAAAGCCCGGGAGAGACAAAAGCAGAAGAGGAACAACCUCAUCGGCUUAAGUUUCCAAAGCAGCUUUAAGACCACUAGUGUCGCUGACCCGAGUGUAACAACAACAAAAACAAGAACAUCAUCGUCACUAGAGAUCAGGAGAGAAUCAAUGAUGGAGAAGGAGGAGUUAGUGGAAGAGAAUGAGUAUAAGAGAACAUGUAGGAGCUGGGGAUUUGAGAACUUGGAGAUAGAGCGCAAGAGAAACAUAAAUAGUAGUACAAAUGCUACAAUGGCAACUACUUUUAAUAAAAUCAUUGACAAUGUAACCCUUGAGCUUUUCCCUUUGCACCCUGAAGGUAGGUGAAGAAGAUGAGGCAGACAAUGUGGAAUUCUUAUGUAGAUCUGGUUUAGGUUCAGACGAAGUAGUUGAUAUCUAGAAAAAAGACAAAAAAAUAAUAAGUUUCUGAAAUUACAAAAUCUACUUAAGAAUUCCCUCAAUCUGUGAGUCUGAUGUAUCCUGUACUGUAGAUCUUUCCGAUGUAUUCUUAACUAUGAAAUCAUAGUUUAGCUCGUCUCUAGCUAUAAUUAUGUAUUUUUGUUCUU